CCGACACUCUUCUACCAAACCAUAGUUACUAACUCUCUCUCUCUCUCUCCUCUAUUUCUCCCUUCUUCUUCUUCAUUCUCUCCAUCUUUCAUUACUCUCUCUCUCUCCUCCAUUUCAUUACUCUCUCUCUCCUCCAUUUCAUUUCUCUCCUGCUAACUUUUUUAAAAAAGAAGAAAAAACAAACAGAUCCACAUUUUCUUUUUCAUUUUCAAGUUGCUUUACUUAAUUUUCUGCCAUGGGUGGCCUUUACAUCUAUGGCCUCCUCCACAUUUUCUCUCUCCUCGCCGUAUCAACCACCGCAUUGCCAGCUCGUGAACCCAAAACGACGUCGUCUCAACCGGGUCAAAUCAACUCUAACUCGGUCCUCGUUGCUUUACUCGACUCACAUUACACCGAGUUAGCCGAGUUAGUCGAAAAAGCUCUCCUUCUCCAGAAACUCGAAGAUGUUGUCGGUAAACAAAACAUCACAAUCUUCGCACCAAGGAAUGAAGCUUUAGAGCGAGAUUUAGACGCCGAGUUCAAGCGUUUCUUACUCGAACCCGGAAAUCUCCGCUCUCUUCAAACUCUCAUUCUAUCACACAUCGUACCCGUCCGAGUCAACUCGGAUGAGUGGCCUACACAUGAAAACCAACCACAAAAACACAUCACUCUGUCAAACGACAGAGUCCAUUUACAGACAGAUAAGAAAUCAGGCCAAAAGACAGUGGAUCUCAUGAGAGUAAUCAGGCCGAACGACGUCGUUCGACCAGACGGUGUGAUUCACGGAAUCGAACGUCUACUUGUACCACACUCCGUACUAGAAGACUUCAACCGUCGUAGAAGUCUUCGUUCUAUAUCAGCAGUACUCCCAGAAGGAGCACCAGUGGUGGACCCACGGACUAAUAAAUUAAUAAAAAAAAAGAAGUCCGUGGGUCCACCACCACCACCUGGAGCACCACCGGCAUUACCAAUCUAUGCCGCAAUGGCGCCAGGUCCAUCACUGGCCCCGGCACCCGCACCGGGGCCAGGAGGUCCUCACCAUCAUUUCAAUGGUGAGGCACAAGUAAAAGAUUUCAUAACCACAUUAACUCAUUAUGGUGGGUACAAUGAGUUAGCUGACAUUCUUGUUAAUCUUACUAGUCUUGCAACUGAAAUGGGUAGACUUGUAUCAGAAGGGUAUCUAAUUACUGUAUUAGCACCUAAUGAUGAAGCUAUGGCUAAGUUAACAACUGAUCAGUUAUCGGAACCCGGUGCGCCGGAGCAAAUUAUGUACUAUCAUAUGAUACCUGAGUAUCAAACUGAAGAAAGUAUGUACAAUGCAGUGAGAAGAUUUGGAAAGAUUAAGUAUGAUACGUUGAGGUUACCUCAUAAGAUGACAGCUGAAGAAGCUGAUGGUUCUGUUAAAUUUGGACAAGGUGAAGGUUCAGCUUAUUUAUUUGAUCCGGAUAUUUAUACUGAUGGUAGGAUUUCUGUUCAAGGAAUUGAUGGUGUUUUGUUUCCUAUUGAGGAAAAAGAUCAUCAAAUUUCUGCUUUGCAGAAAUCUAAUCGUGCUAAGGUUGUCACCAAACCUAGAAGAGGGAAAUUGAUGGAAACGACAUGUUGGAUGCUUGGCACCAUGGGGCAGCGCUUGAAUGCCUGCGUAUGAGCAACACACGCAGUCUCGGGGGCUGACAGUUAGGCAUCACAAAAAACUACAAGAUGUAAAAUUGGUGAAAAAAGUGAACAGCUUCAGAUGAUCACUGCAUUAGAGAGUGAUGUAAUACAGUUUUCCUUUUUUUUUUUUGAUUUUUUUUCCUUGGUGAAGCAUAUUUUACAAUAUAUUCAAGGGUAAAAAAAAAGGACCAUGUUUGGAGUUACUACCAUGAAGGUUCUUGCAUAGCUCCCCCCAAGGAGAGAGAGAGAGAAGCUGCUGUAGUUAUAAAUAUAUACAGUUAAGUAAUGUUUAAAAAAAAAAACUUGUAUUUUUUUAUUUUAAUUUUCUAAUUUGUUGGUGAUGGUGAAAGGUGUCGGUGGUGGUGGUGGGGGAAUUAAUUUUGUGUGAUGGGGAGUUGGUGGGACAAAAGGUGGCACUCACAUUCAGCAACUUUGUCCUACCCCUUCUUAAUAAAGAAUUUGGAAACACCAAAUAGUUGUGUAUUUCAAUAAAAAUUGAUUCUUUGUGUUCAUAA